AUGUCCUCCUUCUUCACCAUCCCCUCGGGGCAAAAGAAACGGAAGCGCACCGAGGCUUCAGACGUGCCCGCAAAGAGGUUCGCAUCGGCGAAAACCCCCAGAGAACCCAAGAAGCCGCGGAGAGUCCAAAGGGACGAAUCUAUAUCUGGCAGCGAGGAUGAGAGCGACGAGGGCCCGCGAGAUGCAACGGACGACGAAGAGCCAGACUUGACAUCCAGCUCGGAAGGAGAAGAAGGGGAUGAGGAGGAGACUGCGGCGGAAAGACGACUGCGGCUGGCAGAGCGCUACCUGGAAAAUAUCCGUGAAGAAGUGGAUGAAAUCGGGUUCGACGCCGAGGAGAUCGACCGAGACCUCAUUGCGGAACGGCUAAGAGAAGAUGCUGCUGAGUCGAAGGGACUCGUGUACCGGAAGUUGGCCGACGAGUUAUCUUUCCAAGAUGCUUCACAUAGCGUGUUCAGGAAUAACAGCGAGGCUGUCACAAGCAUUGCUACCUGCCCGCCGUUCGCAUACACCGUUACCAAAGACCUGUGUUUGACAAAGUGGAGGUUACAGGACCUGCCAAAGGACCAAUUCCCGCAGAAGAAGAAAAAAUCAAAGAACCCACCUCCGCCGCCGAGGCGAAAACCGAUCCAGCUCGCCUUCGUGCGAGGAGACAAGAGGAAGGCAAAGGACAACUCGUAUCAAGGGCACGUAGACAGCAUAUUGGCUGUUGCAGCCUCUCAAGAUGGCAAAUUCGUCGUCACCGGAGGGAGGGAUCGAAGAAUAGUGGUGUGGGAUGCGGAGACAUUGAAGCCCUUACGGGUAUUCUCUCAACAUCGAGAUGCCGUGACGGGGCUUGCCUUCCGACGAGGCACGAAUCAGAUGUAUUCCAGCUCGAAGGACCGAACGGUCAAGAUCUGGAGUUUGGACGAAUUGGCAUACGUCGAGACCCUAUUUGGGCACCAGGAUGAUGUCGUUGAUGUUGCUGCUUUGGCGCAGGAGAGAUGUAUCAGUGUAGGAGCACGCGACCGAACCGCACGGUUAUGGAAAGUCGUCGAAGAGACCCAACUUGUGUUUCGCGGCGGUGGGGGGGACAAGAAAUCAAAACAGGGAAAAGGCCUAAGGGUAUUAGAGGGCAGCAUGGAUCGUGUGGCUAUGAUCGAUGAGGAGAUGUUCGUCACGGGGAGCGACAAUGGAAGUCUAUCACUAUGGACCAUAAACAAGAAGAAGCCCAUCUUCACACUGCCACUGACGCAUGGUCUCGAUCCUCCUCUCGCGCCCGAAGCAGCAUCCGCCGAAACGCACCCCGAUCCCAGCAGUGUCCCGGAGCCGCAACCCCGCUGGAUCACAGCCCUGGCCACGAUUCCCUACUCAGAUGUUAUUCUGAGUGGCAGUUGGGAUGGCCACGUCCGGGCGUGGAGACUCAGCGACGACAAGAAGAGAAUCGAGGCCAUUGGAACUCUCGGUUCCUCUGGAGGAAUUGUCAAUUCCUCGACGCUUGCCGAGUCCCCUGCUGUCGUCAAUGGACACGUGGACGGGGAGAGUGAACCUGCUGCGGAUGCCCCCCCUGCCGUGGUCCGCGGCGUCGUUAAUGAUAUAUCUGUGUUUGAGCGCGGGGAGCGCGGGAAGGAUGGCGUGUGCGUUGUCGUGGCUGUUGGCAAGGAACAUCGGAUGGGCAGAUGGCAGAGAGUCCAGGGGAAGAAUGGCGCGGUUGUCUUCGAGAUUCCGCGGGUCGAAAAUACUGCUGCAAAAACAAAUGGAACUGUGGAGGGAACCGGCGACGAGGCAUGA